AUGUCAACAGACAUUGUCAAUAAUUCAACAAGAGAAGAAAAACAUAAUCAUUCUUCUCGAGGUUCUUUAAAUCAUCAUCAUAGCAAAGACUCUUUUGAUGGUUAUACCAAAAAUAUAAAAUUAUCCAAAGAUUAUCCAAAUGUAGGUGAAUUGUUAUGGGACCAAGGUAGAAUUUAUAGUGACGUUAAGCUUACUUUUGAAGAUAAUGGUGUUUUGGCUAAAAAAGCUGGCAUUCCUAUUGAAUUAAGGCUUCAUUCAAUAGUACUCUUUCAAUCUCAAUUCUUCAAAGAUCAAUUAUCAAAAAACUCUUCUUUAUCAACAUUAAUCUCAAGAGAAAAACAAAUAAUAGUUAAGUUGCCUUCGCGAGUGACUGAAGAGGAUAUGGUAAAUUUUUAUUGCACUUUGAAAUUGAUGUAUACAAAAAGAUGGGAUCAUGAACUAUCCGAUAAUCUAUCCAAGGGUGUCGGUUGUUUGUCUGUUUGUUUUGAGAUUGGUUAUUCUGAAGGAAUUGAAAUUUGUUGGAAAUGGAUAAUUAGAAAAUGUAAUCAUGAUAAAAAUAAAGAAAUGGUUAAAAGACUAAUUGAAGCAUAUCCUGAUUUAAAUCAACAAUUCAACAACAAUACUAAUAAUAUUAACCAUUUAACUAUGCCCUCUUCAACAUCAUUAACAAAAACUGUUUCAAGUUCUUCAGCAUCAACAAAUAAUUCCUCUUCUUCAUUAACAAAAAGAAAUAGUUCUAUCUUACAAAGGCGUACUUCUCGUAGAAGUAAAAGAUCAAGUACUUCUAGACGUAAUAACAAUUUUGGUGGCAGUAAAAGCAACAAAACAAUUGCUUCAAUUGCAUCCGCAAUAACAAAUAUAUCACCAAACAAUGUUGUUAGUGACACAUUAACAUCAAAUUAUCAAUUUCCAUCAUUGCCACCAUCUCCCCCACCAACAAUUUACGCAAAUUCAAAACUUUUGAAAUUUUGGAUUUCUAAAUUUGAAUCUUACGCGACCUCAGCAAAAAGAUCAUGCCAAAAAUUAUCAAAGGAAUUCAGAGACGAUUCUAGAUGCUUUCCAUUUUUAGAAAGUUUUUAUUACAUGUUCAAUUCAAUAGUACAACUUGGUCAAUCGAGAAAAAUAUCAUCACCUGAAGCAUUAGAUUUCACUUUAAGAAUGUUAAAUGUUAUAAGGAUUGAACAUAACCAUUUUCAUACUUUACAUGUUAAUAACAACAACAAUAGUAACAGUGGUACUUCAACAAUAAAAUUACCGCCAAUAGUUUUACAUAGAUCGUUAGAUGAACCAUUAUCAGAAUUAAUAUCUACUGUGUUGGAACCUUUAGAACAGAAAUAUUUGUAUGAACUUGAUGAACAAAUCAUUCGUGAACCUGGUUUAUUGCAAGGUUCCAAUAUAAGUCAAGUACAUCACAUGAUUGUAGGCGGAAAAAUGGAAAGUCUUAUGAAAAAUAUUUUAGAAAAACACAAUAACAACAAUAAUGAUGAUGUUUUUGAUGGAUUUGACGAUGUGCAAAUGAAUUAUUAA